CUUAGGAGCUGGCGGUGACUCGGCCACGCCACAGUGCUCGGAGCCCGCGACGGGACAGGACGCGCCAGAGCAGUGCCGUGAGGAGCCCCCGCACAGCACACUCGUUUGCGUCUCACCCGGAGCACUUCCGAGGCGUUAUUCCUGCAGGUGACCUUGUGGCAAGACCGUGGGACUUGGUGUCCUGUGGCCUUCCCGAGGAUUUUCUAUUGCAGGUGCACACGCGGCAGGUGCAGUCGCGGGACUUGGUGACCUGAAUUGUUUACGAGGAGUCUCCUGUCCUUGUGGCAGGAGCCCUCAGGACCAGAGUGCAGGACUUGCUGUCCUGCAGCCUUCCUGAGGCUUCUUUGUCGUGAGUGUCUUCAAGGCACAACUGCACGACUUGUUGCCUCUCAGCUUUCCUGAGGCAUCUCUCUGCUAGGUGCCCUUGAGGCCAGACUCUGCCAUGGCAGGUAGAUUUCUCGGCCUGUUCAAGGUGUUCAGAGGGAAAAAAAAAGAAAAGCCCUGGAGUUUCCCCAGCACAACAACCUAAAGAACUGGACCCGUUUCAUCCAAUGCAAGAUGGUGCAGCCACGGACCAGUCACAGGAGCAGGAACCCACCCGUGGCAGCUUCCGCAGAACACUGAAGAUGUUCCGAAAGUUCCUACGCAUUCGACGUAGAAAUUCAAACACCACAGCAACAGAGAGCACAGCCAAGCAUGACUCCAGGGUGACUGAGCUGCAGGCAGAGCCUCAUGUCAGCCCAGAGUCGCCUGAGUGCUCAAACGAAUCUGGCACAGCAAGGAAUGAUGACAGGGCAAAGGCUGACACGGCAGUGACUGAGGACGUGGCCAUCCCAAACGCGGACACCAGAGAGACUCGGGGCAUUGCAAAUACUGACACUGCUCCCACUGCCACUCUGAGCCAAGAACUCAUCCUGGACUAUUUCAAGAACCCUUUUGUUUCAUCUCAGCAGCCAUCUUCCCCACUCCAGGUGCCAGCCAUGGUGAAAAGCAUUCACCAGAGUCUCGAGUCCCACGUUACUAUGGAUGCCAGGCUGCGCACUGUCAUUUGGAGGCUGGCUGGAGAACACCCUGCUGACGUGGUGCUGACCCUCCUGCGCUGUGCCCAACGUGUGACAGAGCUGCUGCAAGGAUGUGGAGAGCCAUAGCUUCAUCGGGACCCACAGUGGAGAAGGUGCUGCCAGUCCUGCUCUGUGUGAUGAAGGGUUGGCCUGUGCACAGCAUGUGCACCUCUGAUGGGGACAACAAAGACGUUUUUGCCCUGGCUGCAACUCUGGUCAUCUGGCUAAUUGUGCCUCAGUGCCACAAGGCAAUGAUCCUUUAUUCCUCCCACCUCUUUGUGGCUCUGCUCUUCCACAUUGUCAUCACCACACAGGAGAUGCCAGAGGAAGUCGAUAACUUCUGGAGAGCGUGCCAGGAGCAACACCGCCUUCCCUGCAAGCCCAACAGGUUUGCAGUGCAGGCCAUGAAGGCUCUGCUCUUCUGUCUGCAGUAUGAGCCUGAGGUGAUGGCCAUGGAGCGCAAGCGUGGCUGGGACACGCUGCUCUGUGCUGACACCCAGCACUAUGCCGCGGGUCUGCUGGCCAGGGAGAUGCGCCGUGUCUCCCUCUCCUUGUGUUCUGGGAUUGCACGCCGCCUGCUUGGGCAGCUCAGCAGGGAAGAGCUACGCUGGGAUCUGCCUUUCCUGGCAUUCCUUGUGGAGGUCCUGGACUGCUUGGAUUUGACUAAAUGUGCUGACAGCAUCCUUGAAAUCAUGUCAAGGCAUGUGCAGGGCAAGUGCAGGGACAGGCGUCACCUGGUGCUCAGAGGCCUUGUGGUGCUCAGCAAGGAUCCCUCGAUGGCCAGAAAAAUGUGUAGCCUGUCUCAAAGCCUUCUGGAGCUGCUGCGUGAUGCAGAUGGAGAGGUGGUUGGCAUGACCCUCCGCGUGUUCACGAAUGUGCUCCAGGACAAAGACAUCCUGAUAUCCAACACCACUGCCCUGAAGCUGGCCGAGGCGCUCCUGGCACUCUUUGACAACGACAACGGACAUGUGCAGCUGCUCUCCCUUGACCUCUUCUGCAAGGUGAUGGAAUUGGUAGUAGAUGAGGGGAAAAAGCCUCUGAAGUCAAGUGUGUGCCAAAGCCUACCCCCACUUUUAUUCCACUGCCAUGAUGAAAAUCGGCGUGUGGCUGAGGCCUCUCGGGAAACGCUGCAUUGUGCGGCCAAAUUCCUGAAGAGGAAGAAUCUCGUACAACUGCUGAAGACAGAGAAGCUGUGGCAAUUCGCCGAGCGCCUGGUGGCAGAGGACAGGAGCCGAGCGGCCGAGCACCUGCGCCAGGCGCUGCCGUACCUGGACAGCCCGCAGGAGCCCCUGCGAGUGGCGGCCCUCAGGUUCAUAGGGCUCGCCGGACGGAGCUUGAGGGGGCAGAAGGAAGAGCUGCAGGUGAUCAGCGAGGCUCUUCAAGCCCUGAGGAGAGAUGACAGCCCUUCCCAGACAAACACAGGAGAUCAAGAGAUACUCAACGGAAGAGCUGCAGAACCACGCUCAUCUACUGCCUCAGAAGAACCAGCAUCUCUUCAAGACCUCCAGAUGCCGUGGAAGAUGAAGCUACCUUGAGACCAGAAGAGACCAGCUGGAACUCCAGGCACAGCUGAUGAUUGCCACAGCUGAGCCUGUGGGAAGUUUGUGUGGCUUCAGCCCUCUCCCUGCCUAUAGAUAGCUCUAUCCCUCCAGCCUUCAGACACUGCCCAUCCUCUCUUCUUCCCUCCAGUAUUCCUCCCUUUUGACUGCUACCUCCCUCCAGUCCUCAGAUUGUGCCCAUCCCUUUUGUUCCCCUUCAGCUCAUCCCUUUGCUUUGCUUUCCAUCAAUAAAGUUUGGCUUCUUCACUUUGCCUGC